AUGAUGAGGCUGAACUUGGCUAGAGUUAAGCGGGCACUAAUGCAGCAAAGUCCUCCUGAAUUACCACCAGCGUCAUCGCUGAGCGCAGAAUUGCCACUGCGUGAGACAUCCACAGCCACCGUUCCUGACACAGUGGAAAUUCCCGUUGGUCCCGACUCCAAACCGAGCAAGCCGUCUCUGCUUGACAGUCCAGAUUUAAGAGAACUUUUUUCUCGGCACGUAUGGCGGCGCGAAACGAAGCGGCGGUUAAAGCGCCUCAGGCCCAAGGAGGUAUGGCAUCUGAUAAAGGAAGAGCGCUGGACCAUCCUUGCCACGGUCGUGUUCGCGGCAGCGCUGGUUGCGCUGGAGUUGACUGCCUGGCGGGACAUGUCCCCCGAGGCCUGGUUUACUUUGUGGGUCACCUUCUUCUCCAUCGUGCCCAUGAUUCGCGGCGUCGUUGAUCCAGAUGUAUGUCUGUUCGCGGGCGCGACGGUGCUGCUGCUGCGCGGCGUCAUCACCCCGCGUGACGCCUUCGCGGGCCUUGCGAAUGACUCCAUUGUGUCGAUAGCGCUGAUGAUGAUGAUUGCGGCGGGUCUGGAGUCUUCGGGGGCGUUGGAGUUUGUUCCGGAGCUGGUGCUGGGCAGGAGCCGGAGGGAAUGGGUGGGGCAGCUCCGACUCCACAUCGCUGUGGCCAGCGUGUCGGCAGUCAUGAACAACACACCGCUUGUGGCGGUUAUGAUUCCCGUGGUUGAGGCCUGGUGCCGCCAAAACAAUCACAACGUGUCGCGGUUCAUGAUGCCGCUCUCCUACGCCGCCAUCCUGGGGGGGCUGUGCACCAUCAUCGGCACCUCCACCAACCUCAUCGCCAGAGGUCUCGCUCAGCAGGAGGUUCCGGAGCUGCGAAUACCCUUUGUUGAAAUCGGCGUCAUAGGGCUACCCCUGACAGUGGCUGGUGGUUUGUAUAUCGUUCUGUUUUCCCCCCUGCUGCUGCCCAAGCGGGAGCCCAUGAUGGCCUCCGUGGUGGCCGACCCGCGGGAGUAUGUGGUCAGUGUGAGGGUGGACUCCAGAUACGCACAUAUUGGUCGUACCAUUGAGGCUGCGGGUCUACGACAUCUGCGGGGGCUGUUCCUGGCUGAUCUGCAGCGAAGGGACGGAACUGCCGUACCCUCGCCGCCGCCCACAACUAUCAUAUUGCAGGGUGACAAGCUGACGUUUGCCGGGGACAUUACGGGCAUGCAGCACAUCCUCACCCUUCCUGGCCUUAACCCCAUCAGUUCUUCGGAGGUGGCCAAUGACUUUGAGGAAAAUGCCGCAUCCCGGGGUGUGGACCGCGUGAUGGUGGAGGCGGUGGUGGCGCUGAGCAGUCCCAUCGUCAAUAUGACGAUUCGUGACAGCCACUUCAGGUCUCGGUACGGGGCGGUGGUGCUGGCGGUGCACAGAAAUGGGGAGCGAAUAAUGGGCGGCCUGGGGGAUAUUGUUGUCAAGGGCGGUGACACGAUGCUUCUGGAAGCGAGUCCGGACUUUUUAGAGAAGUUCAAACAUUCGAGCGAGUGGGCUCUGGCGGUAGACGCGUUUAGGGUAUCCCCGCCCCGCAGAGAUCCCGUCGCGCUGUUCACCUCGAUGGGCAUAUUUGUGGCCAUGGUGGUGUUGAACAGUAUGGACCUCAUCCCUCUGGCCACCUCAGCCUUGGUGUGUCUGUUCGCCUACCUUGUCACCGGUGUACUUACCGUACAGAAGGCUCGUAACGCCAUACCUGGAGGCAUAUUGCUGACUGUGGCGGGGGCGUUUGGGAUGGCAAGAGGCCUCACUGUGACGGGCCUUGCGGACCGCCUAGCAGCCUCCCUUUUGAGCUGCUUCAAGUGGAUGGGCCGGGCCGAUGCCGUGAGCUCCGUUUACGUGACGACCUCCUUGCUGACAGCGCUGCUGAGCAACGGCGCCGCCAUCACGUUGAUGUUCCCCAUCGCCUUGACCAUGUCGAAGCAGGCGGGGAUCAGUUUUAAGGGGCCGCUGUACGCGAUAAUGGUGGGCGCGUCGUCCGAUUUUUCGACUCCUAUCGGAUAUCAGACGAACUUGAUGGUGAGUGGUCCAGGCGGCUACCGCUUCCUCGACUACACCCGAUUCGGCUUGCCGCUGCAGCUCAUAGCGGGCCUGAUCACCGUGCCCGUUUGCGUGUUGUACUUUGGUUGA